CGUUCACCCAGAACAAAGUCACAGUUUUGACAUGCACGCGGCACAAAGUUCGUAGGCCGUCAGUAUCGAGGAUGCAGAAUCAAGAGCUUGAAUCGCUGACGUCUUCCAUUAGCAGUGCCAGCUGUGAAGAAUGUGACAGUGAUGAUGAACGUGGCACGCCGGACGUGCUGCCUCCUCUCCCAGGUCCGUCCAGCGACGGAAGUCGUCGCCACCAGGACACACGUCGGGACGCGGACGCAGCGCCCGCCAUGGCAUUAGACCAUCAGGCGGACAACAGCGCAUUUGCACCAGCAGCACAGGCAGCUUCAGCUACAAGUGGUGGCUAUGCCGAAGACGGGGACGGCUUGCACAGACAACGACGGCGGCGUCCCCGAACCCGCUUCGCACCGUGGCAGAAAGCACGCUUGUUGGCCUUGUACGAGCUGAACAACUCGCCGAAAACCAGCCAGUUGUUGCAACUAGCCAACGCGACGAAACUGGACGUUCACAUCGUGCGCAUCUGGUUCCAGAAUCGAAGGUGCAACCAGAAACGAUGGGAGCAAGGCAGAGGUCGCGGUGCCGACCCCUAUCGCCCCACGCCCACGGUGCAGUUCCACGAUAGGAACCGACACUCCCCGCAAUCUACUCGUGCCCUGGCCCAGGCUGCAGGAUAUGCGGACGUCAACGCUAUGCCGCCGCUAGCGCUCUUGCGACCGCCGAGCUACGCGUCGACAGCGCCUGCCAGUGCACCCAGGACAACUAAUACUUUUGCAAGACGAGCAUCAUUACCAACGCCGCCUCCGCCAGCCCUAGCGCAUGAAAGCUGGCUGACAAAAAGCUCAGCGCGCCUCCACCACCACGUGUCAGAAACAGGCGUGCAUGAAGUGGAGGUCACCAAUGAGCUUUACCCACGCGAGACAUCAGUGCUGAAAAACCCGGCCGCCUGCUAUCGCAUCCUCAGCGAUCUGACUCCGGAACAGGCGCAGGGCCUGGAGCGGUGGGCACGGACGGUCCUUGGGCUGAGCCACUAACUCGCAUAAGACGGUGCUCGAUAAGACGGUGCAGUUGGUAUUAAGGGACUCUGGGGACCUGAAGAGGCUAAGGAGGAUGGCAAGCAAUCGGAAGGAGUGGGCACAACCUACCGGAUGUAUCCACGAACACACUCUCAAUCACUGUGUUGCGCAAUUCCGUUCGACUAUUAUUUACGCACGUUGUUGUAUUUGGUUCUUGUCUCAUAGAGUCCAGUGUCUCAUGUCGUAUACUGGUCUAAUAGUGCGAGUAUGGUGCGAUGUGUGACUGUU